GAACAGGACAUUUAACGUCAGUGUCACAUAAAUAGAAGAAGAGUUCAUUCAGCCAUUACAUUCUCACUCACAGCCAGGUCGAAGCCGCUAGUGGUGGAGGACAGGUCAUUAGCAACCCGACAAAAUGUUAACCGUGAGAGUUGCAGCAGCUUUGGCCAGGACCCUUCCCAGAAGGGCUGGAUUUGUGUCCAAGGCUGUACCGGCCGCCUGCGUUGGGGUCAACCACCUCCACACACACAGACCAUGGCUGCAGAAGAUAGGCACAGCCGAGGUGUCUUCAAUCCUGGAGGAGAAGAUCAUGGGAGCUGACACCUCUGCCGACCUGGAGGAGACUGGACGCGUGCUGUCCAUCGGUGACGGUAUUGCCAGAGUGUACGGGCUGAGGAAUGUCCAGGCAGAAGAGAUGGUGGAGUUUUCUUCUGGACUGAAGGGCAUGUCUCUGAACUUGGAGCCCGACAACGUUGGUGUUGUGGUGUUCGGUAACGACAAGCUGAUCAAGGAGGGUGACAUUGUGAAGAGGACUGGUGCCAUUGUGGAUGUCCCUGUUGGUGAGGAGCUGCUCGGCCGCGUGGUGGACGCUCUGGGAAAUGCCAUCGAUGGAAAGGGUCCUCUUGGCUCCAGCAUCCGUAGGCGUGUGGGUCUGAAGGCUCCUGGUAUCAUCCCCCGUAUCUCUGUGAGGGAACCCAUGCAGACUGGAAUUAAGGCUGUGGACAGCCUGGUGCCCAUUGGCAGAGGCCAGCGUGAGCUGAUCAUUGGUGACAGGCAGACCGGCAAAACUGCCAUUGCCAUUGACACAAUCAUCAACCAGAAGCGCUUCAAUGAGGGAACUGACGAGAAGAAGAAGCUGUACUGCAUCUACGUCGCCAUCGGACAGAAGAGAUCCACUGUUGCUCAGCUGGUGAAGAGGCUGACUGAUGCUGAUGCCAUGAAGUAUACCAUCGUGGUCUCUGCCACUGCCUCUGAUGCUGCUCCUCUGCAGUACCUGGCCCCAUACUCUGGCUGCUCCAUGGGAGAGUACUUCAGAGACAACGGCAAGCACGCCCUGAUCAUCUAUGAUGAUCUGUCCAAGCAGGCUGUUGCCUACCGUCAGAUGUCCCUGCUGCUACGUCGUCCUCCUGGUCGUGAGGCUUACCCCGGUGAUGUGUUCUACCUGCACUCCCGUCUGCUGGAGAGAGCUGCCAAGAUGAACGACAACUUCGGCGGCGGCUCCCUCACUGCCCUGCCCGUCAUCGAGACCCAGGCCGGUGAUGUGUCUGCCUACAUCCCCACCAACGUCAUCUCCAUCACAGACGGACAGAUCUUCUUGGAGACUGAGCUGUUUUACAAGGGUAUCCGCCCAGCUAUCAACGUGGGUCUGUCUGUGUCCAGAGUAGGCUCCGCUGCCCAGACCAAAGCCAUGAAGCAGGUGGCCGGUACCAUGAAGCUGGAGCUGGCUCAGUACCGUGAGGUGGCUGCCUUUGCCCAGUUCGGCUCUGACCUGGACGCUGCCACCCAGCAGCUUCUUAACAGGGGUGUCAGGCUCACUGAAUUGCUUAAACAGGGACAGUAUUGCCCCAUGGCCAUUGAGGAGCAGGUAACAGUCAUCUAUGCUGGUGUCAGGGGUCACUUGGACAAGAUGGAGCCCAGCAAAAUCACAAAGUUCGAGAAGGCUUUCCUGCAGCACGUCCUCAGCCAGCACCAGGACCUGCUUGCCGCAAUCAGAGCUGAAGGCCAUAUCUCGGAGGCAUCAGAUGCUAAACUGAAGCAGAUUGUACUGAACUUCCUGUCCAGUUUUGAGUAAUGGAUAGCACUUCUCUUGAUCUUCAGUGAGCUACCUGUCUGUGUCCCCAUUAUGCUUAUACAUGUGAACACACUGAAGGCCAAAACCUCCAUGUACAGAUUUCUCCAAAUAAAAUUUUACAACCCCAAUGAGCUGUAAAAUUCUUCUGAUUGUGCGCUUAACUACAGUAAGUUAAGUUUGUGACCUGUGAGCAGAUUUCACCAGUGGCAGAAAAGUCAAACAAUACUUUUCUAUAAACGCAUCCAAUGUGUAAUUUGAGUAUUUUAGUGUAAAAAUAUAAAGGUAACAUGCAUAACGGGCCGCAUACCACAGUCUUUAAUUCUGUUUACUGUAACAGUUGUUCAUAAGCGCAUUAUAUUUAAGAGGGCAAAUGAGUGUUGACAAGUGUCUGUUUUGCUCCUCACUGUUUUCAGAGGAUGGAAGGACUGUAUGCCCAGUUUCUCAACUGUGGUUGAAAUGAUGGGGUGAACUGUUUGAUACUAUGGUAAUAAAUUCAGUGACACUGUCUGUCACACAUCAAA